AUGUCUUUGUACAACGUCUGUUAUUCCACUGGGGAAAUUAUGGAGCUUGUUGCCUAUGAAGAAAAGUAUUCUGCUCCUCUUAGGUAUAUAAAUUUUGUGCUAGCUUUGUCGACCUGCGUCAUAGGACUGAUUGGCAAUGCCAUCGUCAUCUUUGUCAACAUAUUUGUAAUGAAGAAACAUAAAUCCAGAAUCUGGUUCUUGAACUUGGCCAUCACCGAUUUUGUCUCCCUCCUCUUAUUGCCUCUCCAUGCUUUUGCUGUAUUAAAGGACCACUGGCCCUACGGAAAGCACAUGUGUAAGAUAUUCCUCUUUGUUAUCUGUGUCAAUAUGUACACUAGCAUUUUCAUUCUCAUCGCCUUAAAUCUCAGUCGGGUUCUGUCUGUGGCGAAGCCAAUGUUUCAUCGGGAGUUUAUCUCGCAACGUGUUUCGCGAUGGACCUGCAUAACCAUAUGGGUGAUAACCAUAUUUGCCAGUCUCCCAGUGUUGCUUUAUAGUGGUGAGUUUACUAUUGGAGAUGACAGUCAUUGCAGUUUAUAUUGUGCUAAAGACUUUGAUGAGAAAGCAUCUGGCCCUACAUAUAAUUUAACUGAACCUCUAAGCUCAGAGAACAAGGCUUACCUAGAUGUGCACAACAAGUUCCAAUAUUUUUUCAAUGAAUGUUCACCAGAAGAAUGCUGCAGCAAUGAGAGCACACUCAACACAUGGAAUAACAUGAUAUUUUCAAUACAGUGUUUUAUAAUCCCUUUGCUAGUGAUUGGCUAUUUUCUUCCAUUCUGUGUUAUAACAUUUUCCAACAUAACCAUAGCUAUACAGGUCCGAAAUUCCCAGACUGUGAACACACAUAGGCUCAAUCAAGUAGUCAUCACCAUCAUUAUAGUGUACUUUGUCACAUGGACACCGCUUAUUCUAGGUGAAAUUAUUAUUUUGGCUGCUGUUAUAAAUAUGAACAUAGUUUUCAUGUUUAAAAUCAUUACUUUCAUGCCGCUCCUCUGUACCAUUGCCUAUACCAACUGCUCCUUGAACCCCAUCAUGUACGUGCUGGUUGGCCGACAUGCAAGGGCCAGUCUCACCGUUUACUUAAAUAGCAUAAGCAUAAGAAGCAGCUAA